UUAGUUUGCAUAAUGUCGAAGGUACUAAUAAUCCGGCACCUUCCCACGGCGUUGACGCUUAAAGAAAAGGAGCAACUGUUAAAGCAUUUUGGCGCCGAAAAGGUUUGGGAGCCUUCUUCCAAAAGAAAUUAUACUUUCGCCGCUUUUUCUUCAGAACACGUAGCUCAGCAGUCUCUAUACCGUCUGCAUCAACUCGAAAUAGCCACUAGGAGGCUGGUUGUUGAGUAUUCAUUCGAGAAAGAACCAACGACGCAUAAGAAAGAAGAUGACGAACGUAGUUCUCUCACGACAAAACACGUAAAAGAAUUCCUUAGAAGGUUAAACGCUUGGAAUCCUUCAGUCGAUUUUUACCAGCCUCCACUUAAUUACAUAAAGUACAAAUACCCAGAUAUUACCCCAAAAAUAAUUAUAAACAUUAUUCAUGCUUUAGUAUCUCAUAAACCACUGUAUGUUCAAACUUUACACUUAAUGAACAAAAUGUGUCUUCAAACACCUUUCAAUGAGAAUAGUAAAGCGAUGGACUACUUCAAGGAAACUUUUAGAGAGUACUUCCUUGAUCAAAUGGAAAUACCAGUUCCUCAUUUACCAGCGCAGCCUGAAAGUGAACCGGAAUCAGAAUUAUCAAGUGAUGAGACAGAGCAUGAAAAACAUCACCAACCAGCCGUGAGCAAGAGAAAACAUACUUUACCAGUGACAAGGAAGAGACCAGCCGCGGUUCUAAAAACCGCUGUAUUACCUAAAGUUAAGAAAACAGUUGUCAGUCAAGAAGAAGUAUUUGAAAUUGUCACUGUACAAGAGCCUAAGAAAAUAUCUUUAGUUGUUCAUCAAGAUGCAUUACAGAAACCAUCUGAGGAAACAGAAGUUGUCGGAGAACUAGGGAAGUUCCAGAAAGAGGAUGAAUCUGUUCAGGAAGAGGCUCCUACGGAAGAACCGGAUCUACCAACUAUAACGAAGAAUGAAUUGCUACGCAACAGGAUAUCACGAAGCGACAUGAAAGUUAUGAAGGUGUUUAAGAACUAUCAUCCGGGAGAGCCAUCAAUGAGGCUUUAUAUUAAGAAUUUAGCAAAAUCGGUAACUGAACAGGAACUAAAGAGAAUUUACCGACGUUAUAUUGAAGGUGUUUCAGAAGAUGAGCAAAUAGGGUUUGAUGUAAGAGUCAUGCAAGAGGGUAGAAUGAAGGGCCAGGCAUUUGUGACCUUCCCGUCCGAGAGGAUGGCAGAGAAAGCUCUGAAUGAGACUAAUGGGUAUAUGUUGAAGGAGAAACCUAUGGUUGUCCAGUUUGCAAGAGCUGCUAAUAAAACUGUUCAAUAAAAACUGGUUUU